AUGAGCUUUUCUAGGUUCCUACCACGGCUAGAAAAGGAAUUCGCUGAUGCCGACGCUCUCGAAUGGCAUGACGAGGCCAAGCGACAGAUUCUCCUCGGAGCACUUAAUAAGACAAUGACGAAUUCGUUGAUGAAUCGGGGCAUUCCCGCCACCUUUUCGGACCUGAUCUCUCGGCUACACGAGAUAAGCUCCGAUAUGGAUGCCCUUAAUAUCACUAAGGCAGAACGGCCGCGUCGGCCGCGUUCGCCUAGACAGAACGACGACGAAAUGGAUUGGACGCCUACUGUGUCGGUAAACCGAACCGAAACCCACACGAAACACCACCGAUCUAGGACUGGAGCGCCGAGGCAGGCUCAAUGGGUUAGCCAGGACGUACUAGAGCAGCGGCGGGCCGAUGGGAAGUGCCUACGAUGUGGAAAGAUCGGCCACUUUAUCGGGACGUACGCGCUACUGCCAGCACAACGGCCGGGUAGUGCACGAAUUGCGUCCGCUUCGAGCAAGAAGGGAAAGGAGCGUACGGUCAAAGUGAAGAAAUCGAAGCCUGUGAGCGACGAAGAUUCCGUCACAACAGCCUCUGGCGACGAAGAUAUGACUACCGAGGAUGGAUCGGGAAAAGAGUAG